CAAUUCAGCGUUUCUCUUGUCAGAUUAUUUUCUCAAUUUGUUUUGGUGGCCGAAAUAAAAAAGAAAAUUGCCAAUUUCCCUCAUAAAUUGUGCACAAACUUCCACAAAAGCAAACGGAAUCUCGUGAGAAAUGGUGCGGGACCGGUCAGCGUCUGCGGAUUCGGAGAAGGAAAAGCGCAAGGGGCGCGAUAAGGAGCGCAAGAAACGUGGCUCUGUGUCCAGUAGCAGCGACAGCAGUGGCAGCUCCUCGGAUAGCAGUUCAUCCCGCAGUAGCUCGGGAUCUCGUUCGAGCUCAUCCAGCUCCAGUAGCUCAUCAAGUAGCUCCUCAUCGAGCUCCAGCAGUGGAGCUGAGCGUUCACGCACGAAGCGCAAGAGUAUCACGAGGAGCCGCAGCAAGAGCCCCAUUAAGACGACAAAAGAUGGAAAGGAUGGAAGGCGUUCGAGGGAACGUGAACGAUCUCGCCGUCGGAGUGCCGAUAAGGAUGACAGGGCACACCGCAAAUCACCGGAUAAGUCAUCGCGUGAUGCCCGCAAUCGCUCUCGCUCCGGAUCGCCGCGCAGUAAGCGUCGAAAGGAGCGCUCCGUGACGCCACGACCGACGCGCAUUCACAUUGGACGACUCACGCGCAAUGUGACCAAAGACCAUGUUGUGGAGAUCUUCAGUGUGUACGGGGAAAUAAAGAAUAUUGAAUUCCCCCUUGAGAGGGCCAACAACACCGGCCGGGGGUACUGCUAUGUGGAAUACAACAGCCCCGAUGAUGCUGAGAAUGCCAUGAAGCACAUGGAUGGUGGGCAAAUUGAUGGGCAGGAGAUUACAGCUGCUCCCGUGCUUGUGCCCAAGCAGAGACCCCCACUGAGGCGCCCAUCGCCAAUUCGCAACAAUCGCGGCGGUGGGGGUCCACGGUGGCGCAUGAACUCCCCGAUGCGCUUCCGUCGUCGUUCCCCUAUUCGUCGGAGCCCCCGUCGUCGUCGCAGCCCCAUCCGUCGUCGCAGGCACAGCAAUAGUUCCGGAAGUUCACGCUAAAGGUAAGAAAACCCUUUUUCCUGUCUUGCUUUACACACCCCUUUGGAUUUCAAUUUCUGUGUAUCGGCAAGAAUAAAAGAUGAUGAUUAUAAAAUAUGCUCUGAUGAAUAUUAAAGAACAGAGAUUCUCCAUAAAAAAAAAA